GAGCCUCUCAAUGAGUUCCUUCGUUCAUUUUGGCAGUGGAAAAUGGAUACAGAGACACCAAAUUGCAAGAAUCCUCCACUCCCUCCCACUCGCAUUAAGAAAGUCACGAGCGAUCCAGACGUGAACUCGAGGGUAUGUCGCUUCAUCAUAAAAUAA